GUGGUGCUAAUAACAUGCAUGGGUAGGCGCGUGGUAAAGAGGCUAAUCUUUAAAUACAAAUACGAAGUGUUUCAAACAUUCCUUAUCAUUAUAUGUACAUAUAUUGCAGAAACUAUAAGUCUCCCUACCAUGUUGACCAAGCCACAAAUCCUUACAAACUUAACGCUGGAAGCUACGAAACUUCACACACCACAACUCUCCGCAAACUUUUCGCUAGAAAAUAUAAAACACCCGCCACAGUCACACCGAAGACGGAGGAGUAGCGUACGACAACGGUCUCUCUGGUAUACUAAGUGCAAUGAAUUCACACCUGAGAAAUUAGUACACAGUAUCACACCCACAGUCACAGUACUACACAAUAGACUACCGGAUGUGCGUGAUGCAUCGACCAGUUUAAGGCUCAGGGCGCGUCAAGAAACAGCCACCAACACUGUAUCUAGGCAAGGAAUGUUCAAACAUAACAUUGAACACUUCGCAUUGUCGCGUACAAGGCAACUGUUACUCGAGGACGAGUAUGCAUAUUGCCAUUCAAAGGGAACUCCACCCAGACAAAUAUGUGGCCACCAGAGUUUACCACACGCAUUCCGCGAGAAGCGCCCGGAGAUAGUCGACUUGGAGUUAUUUCUGUACGACAGUGACGAGGAGACCGAAAGCACAGAGGAUGAGGAUAUCAUGAUGUAUGACUCGAUAGAUGACCAGGACGACUAUGCAGACGCGAGUACACCUCGUAUCCAAGUGUCGCCUGAAAUAAACGCAAGGGAGGAAACACGUAUAUGCACCUCUCCUGAUGUAAAUAUGAGUACAGGUGAAUUGUGCGAAGAGCACCGGAUUUCGUCGGGGAGUGAUAGUGGGAUGGAUCUAGAUGGGCACAGUGAUGACGAUUCUCUGCACGAUCACGAUAUUGACACCACCGAUGAGUGCACCGACAGCGACGAUUCAGCCGAGCUCGAAUGUACAAGCUUACGCAGACUUAAGAGUCAAAGCCAGGGAUAUACUUUGGAUAUGCAUAGGAAUAAGAAAAGUAUCUAUACGCUGGAUGGUGUACAACCCCAGGCAUGUCAAUUGGCGGGGGACAGAGACGAAGGCUUUGGCGAGAGGUCGAGUUGGGAAACAGUAAUCACGCAUUCGUCGGACGUACGUACCCUGAAAAAUGAUAGGAUUUCGGCGUGGGUGGAUGUUUGUAAAUAUGCAUAAGACAUCAACAUGCUAGUGGGGACUCGGUACUAUCUGAGCCAUUCUGAAGUCUAUCUAAGCCACACACCAUACUACCGCUAGGCGAGAAGAACCCGAAAUACUCGAUCUCAUGCAGCGCAAACCAGCGCAUUAUCAACACACUCACACCCAGACCCAGACCCAGACCCAGACCAUACAAUCGAUGCAAUCAACUUGUACUCAACACACACACAGCAGAUUCUAGUGGGGCGUUGGUCAGCAGCGCUCAAUAUCAGUCGGUGUUGGGUAUAGACCUAGGAAUCCAUCGCAACAACACUGCUACGCACAGAUAGAAUGGAAUAGAAUCUAUCCCACCCAUAUUGCCAGUACAAUUCAGUAUCCAUCGAUAAGUAGCAUGAGCCCACAUUCGCACGGCAUGCAAUUGCGCAGGAUGCUGCGAUAGUAUUUGCCCGGGAUGGGUGUAUGGAACUACUGGUGGGGGCAGGAUUAACCCUUUUGUAGUAGUACACGUCGGCUGAUAUGCAUGUACGCAGCGAGGCGUGGUACGUUUCACCAUAUACUACAGUAAUUGAGACUGAGGGUACUAGCUACCUACAUGAUACGAAUAUGAAACCCAGACCGCCACUUAAGACCAGUACAUGUACUCUUACAGAGUUAAGAUAAUAAUAACCAACGAUGACAUAGUCACCUCUCGAAUGCAAAUCGAAAACUCGGCUAAUAGUGUAUAGGGGCGACUCCCCAGCUCGAAUUCGCCCAACACAGCGGAAUAAAAUAAACCCAUAUAUGAUACA